AUGGUGGCGCUCCAAAGACCCUCGGUUUCUAAGAGGGGAGUUUUUACCCCCUGGUCCUCGCAGACGGACAAGGCAAGAGAUGAGAAGAGAUCCAUGAGAUCCUUUGUUGUGCAGACGGAGUGGGGGCGCCGAUGUGGGCACCCCAGCUUCAGGCCUGCCGCGAAGAUAUACGCCGAAUGCGGCGCUGAGGCCGCUGUCAUCAGGGCGAUCAGGGGGUUCAGCACAAUAUCGUACAUGGCGCUGACCACCCUGGCCGGGUCCCCUCCCGUGGAGCUUCUCGUCGAGGAGAGGCGAGUCCUCUACUGGAGGAUAAGAGAGAUCCGCGAGGAGGGGGAGUUGUCGGCCGGAGACCUGCGGGCCCUGAAGUCCCAGGCCGUGGCCCGUAUCCCGGAGACGUGGGGGGACAUUUUGUCCCAUGGGCCGUACCCAUGGGGGUAUGGGCGCGAGACGGCAGAGGCUGUCCGCCCCUGCCUGCCAGAGCUGGCGGGCAGGAGGGGAUGUGGAAUGACCUUCCAUCUGGUGCAGGUGCUGACGGGCCAGGGUUGCUCCGGCAAGUACCUGCACCGGAUAGGGAAGGAGCCCACCACCUAA